ACAUGUUGCAACGUCUGGCUGCACGUCUUCAGUGACGAUUGCUGGAACUUUGUGUAACAUCACGUCCUGGACAAACACACAGGUAGUGUGUGUAACAGAGGCUCAUUCGAGGUCGGAGAGGGCUGUUGUCAGACUGGAGUCAGGCUGUAAUGGAAAGGCAAACGAGAUAAAUGCGGGAUUCCACUUCGUGGACGUGUGGUCAUCUGCGUACACAUGGGGAGGUACUGAUCUUGGUCUGCCCACGGCCGGAGACAUCGUGGUCAUUCAAAAUGGUCAGACCAUUCUACUCGAUACAGAUACACCGGUCCUCAAAAUGCUCCUCAUACAAGGCGGGGAACUUGUUUUUGAUGAAGAGGACGUGGAACUGCAGGCUGAAAACAUAUUGAUAACAGAUGGAGGUUUGCUGCAGGUUGGUACAGAGGCUGUACCAUUCCAACACAAGGCAGUAAUAACAUUACAUGGACAUGUUAGAUCCAAAGAGUUGCCGAUAUAUGGAACAAAGUCACUGAUUGUCCGAGAAGGAACACUAGACUUGCAUGGGGCGCAUGUUCCUAUCACCUGGACAAAACUUGCAACGUCGGCUGCCGUGGGAGACAAACAAAUAACGCUUCAACACCAAGUCACAUGGCAAAAAGGUGACACUAUAGUGAUAACAACGACGGGUGGUAUCAAUUCACAGUAUGAAAGCGAGACAGCCACCAUAACAUCGAUUGCCAUGAACAGGACCAUUACAUUGAAUAGCUCACUGACAAACCAACACAAGGGCAUUUCCGAAUUCGUUGAUGGUCGAGAACUUCAUUUUUCCGCGGAGGUUGGCUUACUGACUCGUAACAUCGUUAUAAGGGGAUUUAAGGACUCUUCGCAAGAGACAGAGCAGGUCACAGCUUGUCCAGAUGGCUUUGAUACAG